AGAGACAUUUUUGAAAGCCAGACACGGUGGUGUCAACAUGCAAGUGAAAAGUGGUAUCAAAAAAGUCUGAAAAAGUAUAAUUAAAUUUUCAAAAUGAGUGGAGUUAUCUAUCAAGUGCUUGCAACUUUAAUUUUGGACUUCAACUGCUUAGUGUAUGGUGCAGCAAAUUCCAUACCAGUUCUCACAAUGAUGUUGUUCACAUCCCAAGACACGAUCUUAGAUCGGCAGAUGACGUCAACAGAAGGGUCUUUGUACAUAAGUUUGGCAAAUAUUGGCGCAAUAAUAGGCACGCCACUGGCAGGGUACCUAGUCGACUAUUUAGGGCGAAAGAGGAGUAUGAUCGUCUGUGUGUUAAUGCCACUGAUAAGCUGGGCGUUGUUCGUCUUCUCCAAUAAAGUUGAAGUGCUCCUAGCAUCAACGUUUAUAGUAGGCAUGGGUGGAGGCAUGUUCGUCAUUAUUUCAGCAUACAUCUGUGAAUUCAGCCAAGACUCAAUCAGAGGCACCUUAGCCUCUGGGACUAUGAUCUUCAUGAUAUUAGGAAUACUUAUUUCGAUUGUCCUUUCGGAGUUCUUGAGCUACAAAACAAUUACCUAUAUUGGGCUGACAGCUUCAACGAUAGGGGUAGCGUUGUUGAGCGUUUUGAAGGAAUCGCCGACAAUGCUGUUGAAGAGAGGACUGGAUGAUGAAGCAGCUAAGGCGAUGGCUUUUUAUAGAAACUCAAAACCAGAUUCUAAGAUAGUUGUACAAGAAAUUGAAAAAGCGAAACAGGCGUUAGCUCCUCAGAUUGAAGAAAAUAUACCUGAAGAAGAAAAGUUGACGGCCGAGUUUGGAAAGAAGCCAGAAGAAAAGCUCUCCAAAUGGCAGUUUUUCAACCGACUUCAAAAAAGGAGGAGGUUCUCAAUUCGACCCAAGAUCCGAUGUACGAAAAACUCAAAAUCCACGCAACGAGGGCUGUUCCUCGUCAUGACAGCGAUGGCUGCUGGCAUUUUCCAGGGGAUGUCAGUAAUCCAGUCGUAUUCCAUACCGCUGUUCAGCGAGGCUGUACCGGCUGAUGUACUGUCUCCAAUCUGGUGCACUGCCAUCUUGACUGGCCUCAAUUUGGUGUCCGCUCUGGUGGCUGGGUAUCUGACUGAUAUUGCUGGAAGAAAACUCCUUAUGAUCUUCGGAUCCAUAAUGGUCGGUUUCUUCGGCCUCCUGCUUGGCACUCAAGUGCAGUUCCACUGGGGUCCUGCUUGGGUCACCCCUGUGAUUAUAUGCCUCUACAGUAUAGCAUACGCUUUCGGCGGUGGAACGAUACCGUAUUUGCUGAUGGGUGAAGUGUUCUUGCCUGAGGUCAGAGGCGUGAUGUCCAUAAUAUGCCUGGAAUGGACAUGGUCCUGCAACUUCAUCGCCAUCUUCAUAUUCAAGCCGCUGGUCGCAGCUAUUGGCUUGGGAUCUGUUUUCUACUUCUUUGCUUUUGUAGCUAUUCUCUCUGCUGUGUUCGCCUACUUCUGCCAGCCUGAGACUAAAGGGCUGUCUGUGAAUGAUAUACAGCUUCUGUUGGUUAAGAAGAAGGUGCGAUGAUCAGUAGAUUAUUAUAGUUUUUAUUACGAUAAAAGUUAGAUUUUAAACUUUCGUGUUCUAUUUCACAUAAAAUAGUAAGACACGGGUCUUAACGCGACGUUUAUUAUUGAGUUACAUUAUGUACUCACGGCUUGACGUUUCGGCUGCCAUGCUGCAGCCGUGAUCACAAGCAGACUGGCGGCUCGCGGCGUCGUCCGUUCGGGCGGGCUUGAAAACGUAUUAACUUCUAAAUAAACGUCGCGUUAAGACCCGUCCGUGUCUUACUACUUACUAUUUUAAUAGAUAAAAGUAAGGUCGAAUUUUCAAUAACUUUUUGUUGAUUACUACAUUCAUAAGUAUAAUGCUGUCUAAGUAUGAUAGGCAUUAAAAACAGCUUGUUGUAAUAUGAGAAAUUGCCAGCAAGGUGGUAAUUACACCAAAGAACAGUUUUUUACUUACUAGAAACAAUGUUUUUAACAUAAGUGGAUCACUUGUAUCAGUUGUAUCAUCAAACGUUUAGGAGAGCCCCAAAACGUAUUAAAGUUAAGAAACAUUAUAAUAUUUUCUAAGUGUUAUUGUGAUAUACUUAGGUUGUAAAUAAAAAUUGUGAUACUUUAUAAA